AUGAGUGAGGGCGGUAAGGAGCGGGAAACUAGAGCACAGUUUGUGAAAGAACCAGAAGCGCGGCUGGGGGGCGAAACUAAUAAGGUUUUACGGAGUGCAAUGAAGCACCAUGCAGGGAGAAGCAGAAGCGAAACGGAGCAAGCAGGAGGCGAAGAAGCAGUGGAGUCAUCGCCGCUGCUGACUUCAACGCCACCCACGGUGUCUAAGGCGCUGGUAAGACUAUAUCCGUAUCUGAUAAUAGCAGAUAAAGUACUGAGCAUCACAACAUGGACCAACGACGACAUUUGGCCAAGUGUGUUGGUAGUCACAAGUUACAUUACAGUGGUGCUGUACUUCCAAAAUAUGCUGCGGUUCUUUGGACAUUUGGUGCUUGUGGGGACUCUGUGGUGUUACUCGCUGCUAGAUUCGUUUGUGGAGGACUCGAUCAAGGAAAAACCCACACUUGACGAUAUAGUCCAGGUUAUAACUCGCGUCAACGCCAAGGCAGAUCUUCUUUUGUCACCGAUUGCGGUUUUGACCGGCAACGACAUCAAACGACUACUGUUUACAACUAUCUUUUUGUCGCCUUUGUAUGUGAUCAUCACCUUGUUCAUAUUCCCACCGCGUCGUCUGUUAUUGUUUGCCGGUGUGUACUUCUUGACAUACCACUCUUCAUGGUCGAUAGUAAGCCGAAAGCUCUUGUGGAGGUUCAAGAUAGUGAGACUACUGGUGUUUUACGUCACUGGUUUGGACUUAAGUGGCGCCAACAAAAGUCAAGGCAUUUUUGCGGCGGUCCAGAACAAGGUCAAGAAGUUAUCAUCGCACAGAAGCAACACGGAUGAAGGAAAGCCUAUCAGGUUCACUUAUGUGCUGUACGAAAACCAGAGGAGGUGGCUAGGUAUUGGCUGGACCUCUAAUAUGUUGAGCUACGAAAGAGCACCAUGGACAGACGAGUUUAUUAAUGAAGCUCCAUCUCCGGAGCAAUUCAAGCUACCUGAGGAAAAUAUGGGAAUGUCCUGGAGAUGGGUGGACAGGACGUGGCGACUUGAUAUGACUAACGACGGCGCGAUUCAGCCGCCAAGCUCGCGACCCAGGACUACGGCGCAGCCUAACUCCGACGACGGGUACAUUUACUAUGAUAAUACCUGGAAGAAGCCUUCGACCGAGGACUCGUUCUCAAAAUACACAAGACGCAGACGCUGGAUCAGAACCGCAGAAUUAAUUGGCGGCGACAAAUACGAAGUCAAUGGUCCAACUACUGUCAUUUCAAGUGCUCCAGAUGUUGCCGCUCAGCCGGUAGAAGCCACUGGUAAGGUGGGUGUCAAGGCAGAAGGCAUAGAAGCAUCAUCUACGAUUUUAGAAAACGUCAAGGAACUUGAAUCCUACAAACGCAAAGUGUCGUUCAAUGACCAGGAGGACGUGCAUAUCAUCCCGUCUCCGAAGGAGACCGGCUUCAGGAGGUCUUCACAGGCACUGAUGGACGAUAACGAUGACGAUAUCAGCUCUCAACAGGAUCAGGGAAAGAAACAACCCUUGACGGUUGUCGAUAGGCGGAAACUUUCGACAGACGAAGCGCCUGUACAAAAAGCGGCCAACGAGGUUACAGCAACGCUUGAGACAAAGAAAGACGCAUAG